UGAGUGUAAACAGAGGGAUAUGGCAGACGAGGGGGGCGGAGGCAACGACGAUAUCAACAAUAUGGGAAACCAGUUACAGCUACUUCCCGGUAUAAAAAAUGAAGAGGAAGGUGAGGAUGAGAUGGAAACUGAAGAUCGAGACGGGGAGGAUGCAGAAAAGCCAAACAUUAACUUUGACCCCAGUCUUCCAACCUCACAUGCUUACUUGGGCGCGGACAUGGAAGAGUUCCAUGGGCGCACGGUGCACGAUGACGACAGCUGCCAGACAAUCCCGGUCCUGCCGCACACGGCGGUUAUGCUGAUUCCCGGGCAGACUCUGCCGCUGCAGCUCUUCAGGCCGCAGGAAGUCAGCAUGAUGCGUAGCCUCAUCCAGAAGGACCGCACGUUUGCCGUGCUCGCUCACUGUGCGUCCGAUGCAGGGGAGCAGCAGGCGGAGUUUGGGACAACAGCAGAGAUCUAUGCAUACCGCGAGGAGCAGGAGUACGGCAUUGAGACCGUCAAGGUGAAGGCCAUGGGCCGGCAGAGGUUCAAGGUUCAUGAGAUCAGAACUCAAGCAGACGGGAUCCGACAGGCGAAAGUGCAGAUCCUGCCGGAGAGGAUUCUCCCUGACCCCCUUUCUGCGGUGCAGCUUACCCCUCUGUCCCGGCUCCACCCGCACCCGUCCUCCAGCCCCCCGGCUGAGCACUGCCGGCAGGCCUACACAAAGAGGAGGUUCCAUUGUGCCACUGUGACAUCAUGGCCUGCCUGGGUGUACUCGCUGUAUGACUCGGAAAUUCUCAUGAGUAGAGUGAAGAGACAGCUACACGAAUGGGAUGAGAACCUUAAAGAUGAUUCCCUCCCCACAAAUGCGAUAGAUUUCUCAUACAGAGUGGCUGCCUGCCUGCCCAUUGACGACACCCUGCGCUUCCAGCUCCUGAAGAUUGGCAGCGCCGUCCAGAGGCUGCGCUGCGAGCUGGACAUCAUGGACCGGUGCACCUUGCUGUGCUGUAAGCAAUGUCAGGACACAGAGAUAACAACCAAGAAGGAGAUCUUCAGCUUGUCAUUAUACGGACCUAUGGCUGCUUAUGUAAACCCACAUGGAUUUGUCCACGAAACCCUGACCGUGUACAAGGCCAGCAAUCUCAACCUGAUAGGAAGACCAUCCACACUGCAUAGCUGGUUUCCUGGGUAUGCCUGGACGAUCGCCCAGUGCCGCACCUGCAGCUCUCACAUGGGCUGGAAGUUCACCGCCACGAAGAAGGACCUGUCCCCCCAGCGCUUUUGGGGUCUGACGCGCUCGGCCCUGCUGCCCCGCAUCCCCAAAUCUGAGGGCGAGGAGGGCGCCGAGGGGUCCCGCCUGCUGUGCCUGUGACCCAGAACAAGGCGAGCGCUUCGGGACAUCACAAUCACCCCCAUCCACAGGAGGGUUGGGGAAGGCGGAAGACAAAAGAGCAUUAGUUCACAAAAUCAGUCUGUCUGUAUUAGCAUUGUGAUAAAUGUACAUUCUUCGAAACUGGCUUUUGAAUUGCACUUUUGGAUGACGGGGGGAGCCUACAGCUCCUACCGCUGACCUGCAUAGUCAAAAACACUGAAAGCAAUAGGCGUCCUGCCAGGUGCCUGUAACCAUUGCCUUGCUUUGUGAAGCAGAGAGAGGAAGAGAGUUGAACUGUCAUAUACAGGUCUCUAACCUACCCUUGCAUGUUAGUCCCCUGAACCAUGUGCUGAGUCUUUGUACAAUGUACGCAAUGAAAUGUUCAGCUUGUCAGAGGUCCACUGUGGGGUCUCACGAGGGGUUCGAUGGGUUAAACAGCCUUUCGUUUCCCUCUGUGCCCCCUCUUUAUCGUGUGAUAGUCAGUGAGCUGGCGUCUCGGUGCCAUCUGUGACGCUGCACACAGUGUGGGAAGGUAUGCUUUUUGAGGAAAAAGUUCCCAGAGUGUCUUAAAUAAAAUGGGUGAAGGCUUAGUGAGGUUUCGUCCUUACCAUUUGGAUUUGCCUUUGUGAGCCAUUUCAGAUUCUCAUCUCAUGAAUAAAAAUUAGGUAAAUUUAUUUUGUUAAGAGUAAAUGUUCUCUGUGUUGCAAGAUAUUACACCU